ACACCGUCAUGUUCACGUUUUGUUUUCAAUUGUCAUUCAAAGGUUAUGUUUACAUUUUUAGUAGGUACUUAAAUUUCAGUCAACUUUAUUCAAAAAUUAGGUGGUAAUAAUCUUUUAAAAUGAUUUCAAACGAAGAAAUUCUUUAUAUGUGUAACUACGAUGAUCAAAUAAGUGAUGCAGCCCCUGAUACUGUCAAAAAACUAUGGUCAGGUAUGUGGACACUAGAAAACACUGAUUUGUGUAAGGAAUUUCUGUCCAGUGGGCUCGAAAUAGAUGUUUUAGAAAGUCACUUGAAAAGAUAUCAUGAUGAUAAUAAAAUGAAAAGGGCGUUACAUACAGCCAUAUGUUCUAUUCUAACAUUCUGUGAAAUAAAUUGGAAUCCUCACCCUGAAGAGCUGGAUUUAAAUAAAUAUUUGGGUGUUAAUUGGCCUCAAGAUGUGGAUGUAUCGUUAAAGUUGCAGCGUGACUCAGAACCUUUAUACACAAACAUUUUAUAUCCGGAGUUACUGUACUUUUCUUCACAAAUUUUCUCUGCACUGUGUGCUGUGGAGCAAAACCUAGUUAACCUUUGGUGGUGUUUCCGCAGCAAAGUUAUCCAUCAGAGGACCCUCGAAGACACAAGUGCAACUCUUUACAAUGAGCUGGAACUAAUAAUUGCCAAACUAUUCAAUGUUUCACAAAUACUGGACAAGCCUCGGUUAAAGAUACUGUUAUAUUUGGAGAUAGCACAGGCCUACUUAAUGUAUGGCAGAGUACAAAAAGUUGAAGAGUACUUGUUGAAAGCAAGAGAAAUAGCGGGAUUGAAACUGGAGUUGACAGGUGUGUUAGGAAAGCGUACAAAGUUCCAGCAGGAAGCACUAGCUCAGUUAGCCUUGUCCAGUGAGCUAGACUCUAGCAUGGAGCGUCCGUCUGCUGAGCAAAGUCACGGCGACGCGGACUUGCCCGCGGAGGUGGAGUUGCAGGACGACGUGCGACUCAACAAGAUAGCCUUCAGCGAGAAUAUAGUGCAAGCUGAACUGCCUAGCUUGGAACAGACACUGUGCUUACUCACUGUCCAAUACAUCCAAAAGUCCCAGCCCAAAGACGAUCUUCGCGACGAGGAGAUAAAGCCGUACAUAGAGGCGAUAUUAUUUCAGAAGAGCGGACCGUGGUCGACCCGCGUGGCCGCUCUGCUCAUUCGCUGUAAAAUAGAGGCGAAUCAUAAGCGCACGGUGGAGCGAGCGAUGCUGCAAGCUGAAGCCAUCGUUAAUGACAAGUCAGGAGUUGCUGCUACUAGCCGGUUAUCAUAUCUCUGGGCAGCUGGCCUGCCCACCGCGUGGGGCUGGCGCCAGCAGUUGGCCGACCUGUACCUGAGCCUCGGCCUCGUGAAGGCAGCGUUGGAGGAAUACCAGAAGCUGCAACUGUGGGAAGACGUUAUUGUGUGCUAUACUAUGUUGCAGUUGAGACACAAGGCCGCGGAAGUAAUCCAACAACAAAUAGACAUCAAACCAACAGUCAAAUUGUAUUGUCUUCUAGGCGAUGCUACUGAUGACGUCACCUGCUACUCCAAAGCGUGGGAGUUUUCCAACCACAGGAGCAGCCGCGCGCAACGCCACUGGGGCAACUUUCUGUUCGAUCACAAGAAGUAUGAGGAGUGCAUCCCGCACUACGAACUGUCUGUGGAGAUUAACUCCAUACAGGAGAGAGUGUGGCUCAGAUUAGGAUAUGCAGCUCUGAUGACUGAAAACUGGGAACUGUCAGCUAAGGCCUACCGCAGGUACACAUACUUGCAACCAAACACGUUUGAGGCGUGGAACAACUUGGCGAAGGUGUACGUGAAGCAGGGAGACAAGAACAGAGCUUACCGCGCGUUGAUGGAAGCGCUCCGAUUUAACUAUGAUAACUGGAAGCUAUGGGAAAAUGUAAUAAUAGUGAGCAUAGACACCGGCCAUUUUGACGAUGUAAUCCGUGGAUGCCAUCGCAUACUCGACCUACAGCACAAGUUUGAGGAUGUCGAACUGUUAUCGCAGCUUGUCAGAGCCAUUAUUAACGAUGCGAAAGAUGCAGAUGGCAAUAGUGCUGCCAGAUUGCAAAAGCGAGCUCUUGAGUUGUUUGGAAGAAUCACGUCAAUACAUCAAAAUAAGCCGGAAAUAUGGCAGUUGUAUUCUGACCUAAGUCCAAGCUAUUUGUUGAAAGCCCAACGUUUACUUAAAGCUUAUAAAGGAUUUACGCUGAGUGGCAACUGGACGAACAACCCAGAAACAUGCAAGAAAGUAAUCGAGUUAGCUGAAAAUCUCUUAGAGUACAGCUUAAAGGCAAGACAAGAGGCUGAAGAGAAAGACCAUCUCCAAGCAAACCAACAGCUGUCGUCCGCUCGGCUUACGGGCCAGGCGGUCGUACGGGCCGCAGAGAGACAGGAUUGGCCUGAAACACGGGAUAUGUUAGAGCGGUUGAAACAGUUGUAUGAUGAUGUUACGGAAUAUAUGAAAUCGAUUAUGUAAA